CGGGGCCUUGUUGAUGGUUGUGCUUCCCAUUCUCUUCAUCGGAUUUCCGGCAAUGGCCCAGGCAGCGGUCGACAAUGCCGCAGUUGAUAUCUCGUCGAUAUCGAUCACUGGCGUCGAGGAGUCAUCAUUGAGGUUGGCCAUGGAGCUCAGGCUCAACCCGUCGGAACCUAUGAACGUGUUUCUAGGACCCGAGAAUCUUCGGUUGACGACAAGAAGCUACAAUAAGGGCGACUAUCUGCCGACCAGGCGUAUCAGAAGAAACCAUCUUGCAGGACAUUACUCCAACGAUGAGACAGGGAUAUUGGGAUACCUGAAGUUAGCCGAGGAGGAGACUCGAGGUAACGAUGUCUCUGCUGGUGUGAUCUUAAAGGGCAACAACAACGGUCGAUUUGUCAUUGGCGAUGUCCGAAGCUGGGGCGAGAUUCUUGAGCAACUCAUCUUUCGUGAGAAGGAAGUGGAGGUUCAGCUUCAAGGAAAGGUGCAGGUGAAAACCGGUGGGCUGAAGGCGAGUUGUCAGUUGAAGAAGGACAUCAAGUUACCUGGAAUUGGCGGUCUGAACAUCGUUGUGACCGAAUACGACAUUCUGAAAACGGGCCAGGAAAAUUUCACAGCGGUUUUCGAGCUAGGAAGCAAGUCAAAGAUAGAAAUGGAUUUUGGCACGGUUAACUUCCAAUUACUAUACGGCGACACUGCCAUCGGAACAGCCAUGGUUGAAGACUUCAAGAUCUUCAACGGCACCAGCAAGAUGACCGCUCGAGGCUCUUUGAGCCAGGACGUCAUCGAGAAGGAUCCAAAUCUUCUUGGUCGGUUCUUGUCGUCUCUUUUCUUGGAGACGAAUCACAAGAAAGCGAAUAUUCUGUCUCUGCAGGGUGUGAGCGCCAGCGUUGGAGGCACCGAGAUUGAGUGGCUUACACCAGCCAUUCGAAGACUGCAGAUUCCUCUUCCCGCAGUCGCUGGAGAAGCGCAAAAGAUCAUUCUUGAGGACUUCGAUCUCGGGUUCUCUUUGGUGCUCAGCAUUUCAAUGACUCCGCGCGCGACGGACGGCUUUAUUUCUAGCCGAAUUAAGCUGCCAUUCCCAGCUGGCGACUUGAACCCAGUGAUCAAGGGAGUCAGUCACCGGAUCCAACUGCAUGAUCCGAAGGGGAAAUUAUUUGCCCAUCUUCUUCUGCCGGUUUAUCCCGCUGCCGUCACCUUCGACAAAGAGGUUGUCGAUUUCAAAGAUGUCGGGAUUCGGGUGUUCGACGAGAGGGCUUGGAGCGACUUCUUUUUGAAGUCCCUGUUCCGUGAAAAGAACUUUAAAGUUUCCGUCACCAGUAAUAUUACUGUCAACGUGGACACGAGAAUCGGGAACGCUUCGGUUGAGAAUGUCAAGAUUGCUGGUACGACGUGGAACCUCGAUGGAUAUGGCGGAUUCACAAAUGGCGGCCAACAACGCGUCGAGCUUACUGUGCGCGAGUUUGUGGAUGCGCCGAAGGGAUUUCUGAAGAUGAGGGUCAACACGGAGAUAUUUGGAGCAGCGACUUUGCCCAUUAAGUUGGGUCCGAUCAAGUUCCGGAUGUUCUACAACUCGACUUCCGACCCUAUGGGUCAGUUGGAUAUUCGCGCCUUUUCGCUUGCCAAUGGAAGGAACAAUCUCGAGGGAUACCUAUACAUCGACGGCGCACGCGGACAGUUUGACAAUUUCAUGACGUCGUACUUCGCUGGCGGCGGUGUCCCCCUCUUGCUCGAUCCACCCGAUGCUUCGGCUCUCCCGGCCGUUACUAACGCACUUCGAGGACUCAAUAUCUCGUCCACGAUCAAUUCCCCUGGCUACUCUGGCUUUCUUCGUGGGGCCGACUUCAUGAUGUUCACCGAUACUGGCAAGGGAUUGAUCACGCAACGAGUCGCGGUUGUUAUUAUGAAUCCGCUAUUAGUUUCUAUGGCAGUGGAAACCAUCGAUUUAUCCAUGCGCGAUAAAGGAAGCAACAAGUUGGUCGCCGAAGUCAGUACUAUCGCGUUCACCAAGACGUGGAUCAAUCCGGGCGAUAAUAUCACCGUGCAUCUUAGUAUCUACGGCGGCUAUACGAUUGCUGAGUUGUUCGACUUCUUUGAGACGGGAUCUAAGCAGAUGGAGCUCGACGGGAUCAUCGGUAUCGGCAUCGGAACCGUCAGCGCCAAGAUUCGUGUCAACGUCGGCCGUGUUGUCGGACUGAAUAAUAUGCACAGUUAAUUGGUUUGUUGGUACAUUUGUGCGGGUUCGGUCUGUUUGUCCCAUGCGAUCUUGCCGAGUUGAGUGGAGUACAUACCUGGUUACAGAUAAUAGAGGCGGAUACCUAGAUCAACAAUCUGAGCAACAAGCGUGCUUUUUCUGUGUUUUUUCGCGGGGGUUCUUUCGUCUCCACUCAGCAGCUUUUUUCUUUUGGAAUUCUAUUUUGUUUCCUGCAUAUU